AUGUUUCAUUUUGAUGAAAUGGACGCUCAAACUCUCCUCCUCUACUUCUCACUCCUCAUUCUCUCUCUAAAUUUCUUCUUCCAAAGUAUCAAACCGAAGCUAUCUCGUCUCCUCCAGCCUUCUUUGGAAACUCGAGUCAAGGCCGCUCUUUUGUCAAGAAAAGAAGUAGUCGAGUUUCUUGAUUCUUCCGUCGUUAAACAAGAAGAUGAUGAAGAAGAAGACGAAGGAGAUGUCUCUACAAUUUCUAGCUCUACGUUUGAGUUUGAUCCAUACAUGACGAGCAAAGCCGAAUCAGUAAACAAAGCCCUAGACGAAGCCAUUCCAAUGGGGGAGCCACUCAAAAUCCACGAAGCCAUGCGUUACGCCAUUCUUGCUGCCGGAAAACGCGUUAGGCCUAUCCUCUGCCUAGCUUCUUGCGAGCUAGUAGGCGGUGAAGAGAACGCGGCGAUGCCAGCUGCUUGUGCGGUUGAGAUGAUCCACACGAUGUCUCUCAUCAAAGACGACUUGCCUUGUAUGGAUAAUGAUGAUGUGCGUCGUGGGAAGCCAACGACACAUAAAGUCUACGGCGAAGGAGUGGCCAUUCUCUCUGGUGGAGCUCUCUUGUCUCUUGCCUUUGAGCACAUGACGACGGCGGAGAUAUCGUCGGAUAGAAUGGUUUGGUCGGUCAGGGAACUGGCUAGGUCUAUUGGCACGAAGGGUUUAGUCGCGGGACAAGCGAUGGAUAUAAGUAGUGAAGGUUUGGACUUAAACGAAGUCGGUUUAGAGCAUUUGGAGUUUAUCCAUGUUCAUAAAACCGCGGUUUUGUUGGAAACUGCUGCGGUUCUUGGAGCCAUUAUUGGUGGUGGAUCUGAUGAGGAGAUUGAAAAUGUAAGAAAGUUUGCGAGGUGCAUUGGAUUGUUGUUUCAGGUGGUUGAUGAUAUCUUGGACGAGACAAAGUCGACGGCGGAAUUGGGAAAAACCGCGGGGAAAGAUCAGAUCGCCGGAAAGCUGACGUAUCCGAAGCUGUUGGGGUUAGAGAAAUCUAAAGAAUUUGUUAAGAAAUUGACGAGAGAUGCACGGCAACAUCUUCAAGGGUUUAGUUCGGAAAAAGUGGCUCCUUUAGUAGCACUUACUGAUUUUAUUGCCAAUAGAAAUAAAUGA